AUCUCGGAGCUAUGGCUUUUCCUGAGCCAAAGCCGCGGGUCCCAGAGCUGCCGCAGAAACGGUUAAAGACGCUGGACUGCGGACAGGGUGCGGUGCGAGCCGUGCGUUUUAAUGUGGAUGGCAACUACUGCCUGACGUGCGGCAGCGACAAGACCCUGAAGCUGUGGAACCCGCUGCGGGGGACGCUUCUGCGCACGUACAGUGGCCAUGGCUACGAGGUGCUAGACGCGGCCGGCUCCUUUGACAACAGCAGUCUCUGCUCCGGCGGCGGGGAUAAGGCCGUGGUGUUGUGGGACGUGGCAUCGGGUCAAGUUAUACGCAAAUUCCGAGGCCACGCAGGGAAGGUGAACACCGUACAAUUUAACGAAGAGGCCACAGUGAUCCUAUCUGGCUCUAUUGAUUCCAGCAUCCGCUGUUGGGAUUGCCGCUCGAGGAAGCCUGAGCCGGUGCAGAAGCUAGAUGAGGCCAAGGAUGGCAUAUCCAGCGUGAAGGUGUCGGACCAUGAAGUCCUGGCAGGCUCCGUGGACGGUCGAGUAAGGCGAUAUGACCUGAGGAUGGGGCAGCUCUUCUCUGACUACGUGGGCAGCCCUAUCACCUGCAUCUGCUUCAGCCGGGACGGGCAGUGCACCCUGGUGUCCAGCCUGGACUCAACGUUGCGGCUUCUAGACAAAGAUACAGGAGAGCUACUGGGCGAAUACACAGGCCAUAAGAACCAGAAGUACAAGCUAGACUGCUGCCUAAGUGAACGUGACACACAUGUGCUCAGCUGCUCUGAGGAUGGGAAGGUGUUUUUUUGGGACCUGGUGGAGGGGGCACUGGCCCUGGCCCUGCCUGUGGGAUCCGGUGUGGUACAAUCGCUGGCCUUCCAUCCCACUGAGCCCUGCCUGCUGACUGCCAUGGGGGGCAGUGUCCAGUGCUGGCGGGAAGAGGCCUAUGAAGCUGAAGGUGGAACAAGCUGAAGCCAGGACCCCCCACCCUUCCCUCAAGGACAGAGACACAGACUCAGAAGGAAGACUGAGAUCAUUUUUAUGUCGGACACAGUGGUGACCAGAGAGGGGCAAGGGGCUGGGUUUUCAAACUAAUAAAUAUAGGCAGGGUGAGACCUCCCUGGG